AAAGGUCAAUAGAUUUUCGUUUCCCAUUUAAAAUGAAUAACUCAGUUCGAAGGGAAAGAAGCGAAGGAAAGCAAUAAAUUAAUUUCAAUUUGUUAGCACAAGGUUAUACAGAAACAGUUAGCUUUUGCUUUAUUGGCAGAUCAGAUGGACGAUUUGACUUUCUGCACCAUGGAAGACGAUUGCUUCAAAAGAAUUGUGGCUAGUUUCAGCUGCUCGCCUGACCUAACAAUAGCAGGCGCAGGCUGCGAAAAUGGCUCUAUGUUGGCGAAUGUCACAGCUGAAGUGGCACGCUUCACAACUGCGGGUAAACUCGCUGCUGUACAAGCAAACGAUUGUGACCAUCUUGAAGGCCUAUCACUUCAACUCUGGUGUGAGAAAGCUUUGAUUAAGAGUGAAGUUUUUCUUCAACCCGACAAAACGUGUCGGACCCGAAAAAGCAUACUACAUCUUUCGGUGGACAAGGUCAAGUUUCGAGUGACCAGAAGGCCACCACAACCCCUCACUAGCAAACGCCCACAAAGUUGCCAAACAUAACACACUUCACGUGAAAAACACUCGCUAGAACCUGAGAUGCGCCACAUGCAAGUCCUCCCAGCAAUGUCACAGAUAAUGCGCGCAUAUCUGAGCAAACAAUAUGCAAGACAUGCAGACAAUCAGCCAGUUGUUAACCACAUCAUUAAAGCGCAUAAUGAUAAAAGAGCUACGAAAAUUAGUUAGGCAAACAGCGCCGCCCGCAGCCAGCAGAGCACGCUUAAAUAGAUAAACAAAAACACGCCCGCAUGCGUAUGAAACACGCAUACACCUAUCAGUAGAUAUGCAAACCAUGCAUUUAUAUAAACAGCUUGAACUAUCUGCACCCCCAUUGACAAGCGUCUAAUGCUCGUAAUCAGUUGCUCGAUUAGAACGCGUCGAAACGCCCGUACCACAUUUGCGAUGCGGUUUUGUGCAAUUAAACGGUACAGCGCGUAACGUUUUUAUCAUCGCGAGCGUUUCCAAUGGCACUUAGCCGUUGUUUGUGAAAGCAACAUAUGCCGCAGUCGAUUAUUUGAAGCGUCGCUUGCCACACAAAGUAGCACACACGAUUGUAGCGAUUACACCCGGUACCGCAGCCAUACAAACUAGUAUGCACGCGCAUAUGUACGAAUGUACGAGUAUUCGGUCGUUAUGCAUUUCUCGUUAUGCGAUUGUAUCGCGUCAACAUUCUAGUAGGCGCGCACGUAUGUACGCAUUUUCGAGGUCUGCACGUACCGAAAGUCAUUACGAGAGUGGCGCAAUGAUAUAGUCCAUGCACGUAUCGUUAGUACAAGGAGGCGAAAAAAUUGGCCUUUUUGGUGUUA